AUGGUUCACCCAAUGACAAGUGAAGACUUGUGGCCUAAAUGUUAUAGGCCUCCUUUGAUGCCACCACUUUAUCACAAAAAACAUGGGAGACCAAGGAAGAAGAGGAUGAGGUCAGUAGGUGAACAACCAUGCAAAUCUAAUCCUACAGCCACCAAGUUGCAGAGGUAUAACUUGGAAAUCAAGUGUUCAAUUUGUAAACAAGGAGGCUAUAAUAGGAGGAGCUACCCUAAGGCAAAAGAAGGCACUAGUAGUAAGGUUCUAUCUAAACCAAAGGUGAAGAAAACAAUUGACACGACAUCAACCCAAAAGGUUACAAGACAAUCAAGAGCCAAGCAACUUGUUAGAAGAAGGUUGGAAACUGGCCAAUGUUCUCAAACUGCCCAAUCUUCUCAAACUCCACAUGCUUCUGAAACAGCCAAAGCUUUUGAAACUGCCAAAAAAAAAAAAGGUUCAAGUCUCCCUCAAAGAGGAUUAAAUUUACCAAAAGGAAGGAUGGUUCUCAAACUGUACAAGGAUCUCAAUCUAUGCAAGGAAGUGAAUCUGUGCAAGAUUGGCCAGUUCCACUGGUACAAAAAAGAGAGGUUCAAAUCUCCUACCAAGAGGAAGAAAUUUACCUAUCGGAAGGAUUUGUCAGAUGGUUAUCAGCCUUAG